GCACCUCACGCAGCAUUUUGAGGCCACAGGAGCAUGUGAGAUGCGAAAGUUGUCUGAUCCUUUGCCUCAAACUGUAAACAACGCCCCCAUUCAAUGAACACACCUUCCAACCUUUCACUGUUUUGGAAUGACCAGACCACGCAUCAAACUCCCAAAGCUCACUUUUCUUUCCUUAACGGAAAAGCCACACCAUCUCCCUCCCUUUCCUCCCUCUCCCAUCACAUCACACCCAACUUUACUAUUCCACUCUCUUCUUCUUUCUUCUUCACAAAGGGAAAAGGAGGAGGAGGAGGAGGCGUCGCAGAGAGAGAGGGGAGAUGGGGAGAGGAAAGAUCGUGAUCAAGAAGAUCGAGAACCCAACGAAUCGUCAGGUGACUUACUCCAAGAGGAGGACGGGGAUCAUGAAGAAGGCCAAGGAGCUCACUGUGCUCUGCGAUGCGCAAGUCUCCAUCAUCAUGUUCUCCAGCACCGGGAAGCUGUCCGAGUACUGCAGCCCUUCCUCCGAAACGAAGGCGAUUUUUGAUCGCUACCAGCAAGUAACUGGGAUCAACCUGUGGAGCGCACAAUACGAGAAAAUGCAAAACUAUCUGAACCACCUGAAGGAGAUCAACAGGAACCUCCGCAAGGAGAUCAGGCAGAGGAUGGGGGAGGGAUUGGACGGCAUAGGGAUCAAGGAAUUGCGCGGUCUUGAGCAAAACUUAGACGAGGCUUUGAAGGUUGUGAGGGAGAGGAAGUAUCAUCUGAUAGGAACUCAGACAGAUACCUAUAAGAAGAAGUUGAAGAGCGCCCAAGAAGCACAUAGGAACCUUCUACAAGACCUGGAGAUCGAAGGUGAUCAGGCUGCUUACGGGUAUGCGGUCGAGGACACGGGCAGCCAGGAUGGUCCGGUGGUGCUCGCGGAUGGUGGGUCGCACAUCUAUGCGAUCCAAGUUCAACCCAACCAGCCCAAUCUCCAAGGGAUCGCGUAUGGGUUCUACGACUUGCGUCUCGCUUAGUUAAGCUAAUUACUAGUUAUGUCAUGGUAUUUAAAUCCACUUUGGAGCUUAAGAAACAGGUAUUAGUAAGUAGUAAUCUAUGGCUGUCUGUCUUGUGCAAGAACUAUUUAGUCUGUUUACUUCUGUGGUUGCUUUGAUGUUUCCAUGAAUAUUAUCUCUGUGAUGUUAAUUUCUCUACUAAAA